GUCCAGCUUAGCAACACAGACGCUGGGUCACACACGAAGCGCGCUAAGUAUCACAAGUGUGGACGGGUGGCCCUUUAGUGAAGUUCAUAAUCCGGCAUUUUUAACCCAAUAACUAUCAAAAUAAAGUCAUAAAAUAUAGGAAAGUUUAUUCACAAUGAUGGCCACACGCACAAGGACUCAACUACCGGUGGCCACUGCCACGGUAGGCCCUGCAAAUUGGCGACAAUCCACCAUCAAAGAAAUCAAAGUUUCACAGUCCACCGUGGACCGGAGCGAUAAAGGGCUGGACUUGGGCCGGUCCAUAGACCCACUUCCUGCCCUCCGUGACAACUGCGCCCAGCAGAGCAACACUGUGGUCCAUUCCUACGUCCGAGAAACCCGAGCAGUCCUGGUGAAACUCAGGGAGAGUUUCCUGGACACGAACGAGGAAAUCAAGUGCCUCCUCCGCGGGAAAGAAGCUCUGGAGAAGAAGCUGGAGCACAUUCGAAAGGACAUCAGUCUGAACAAAAUGAGCACAGAGAUUCGCUGCACCCGGCCAGGAAGAGAGAGGGAGCGUGAUGGAGCAGACACUCUGUUAGACCGAGAGCAGCGCCACUUGCUGCAGCUCAAGAAAGCUUUGGAAGCUCAGCUGAGAUCGGUUCAGAAACAGCUACAGAUUCUGGAUCAAGUACGCAAGAGACUGAACGCCGUCAUCCAAGAGCGUAACCGGGUCCUUGACCUCAUCUGUCACGCCGUUUCCUCCGUCACCAACGGCCGCGCGUCGCGCAACAACGGCCGCCUCUCGCGUCAAGAAAAGAGCAUGACGAUGACGUUUGGUGCCAACAGCCUGGGCUACACCCGCCAGAUUGACCAGAACAUGAACGGCAACAAUGGGCGGUACAGUAAACAGGAUGGGGCUGAGGGGGAGGGGGAGGAGCUACCCAUUGACCCCCUAGGGCCUUACACCCCCGAGGCCUCCGCAGCAAUUGACCAGGCGAGGGAGGCACGCCACCGAUCCAUGGGGUUGAGACGAGAGAUCCGCGACGCGAUUGAGAACACCGAACGCCUUCAGGAGACGGCCCACAAAGCUGUGAACAGCGGGAUGAACAAGAAAGUAGCUGAGACCAUAACACUGCGGCAACACCUGACAGUAGCAGCUGGUGAGAAUCGUCACGGAAUCCAUCGCGCCCAGCGCUGGUACGACUCCACGGACCGAGCGCGCUACUACACCGUAGGCCCCGAAAUGCAGUCUGAUCUAGAGAUGAGAGAGAGAUUGGAUCGGCCGCUAGUCCGCGUCUAUCAACGUCAUCCAGGAACCAAUCUGCCCGAGGCACAAGAUAUCAUCAGAGGUGCCGCAGGAUUGGACCAGUCUCUACUGACGACCAGCCGCAACAUAGCCAUGCUGCAACUGACCAACAACCGUCUACAGCACGACAUAAGACACAAGAACGCAGGUGCCAGCGUGGAUUCCUCCGUUGUCAGGAUGCGGCGUCGCCUUGCCAACCAUCGCUGGGUCAUGGGAAGUGUGUAGGGAGUCAGUCAGCCUAACGAAUCAGAUACCCGAACUUUGAUCAUGUGAGAUAUUUUUUGGGGCGCCCUCUGUUGACUCCAUAUGGCAGGCACAGAAUGCAUUGCACUUUUAUGCACGUUACUGCACUGUAGAUUGGGGCGAAUUGUGCAACAUCAUUAAUAAUUUUGUAAGGAAGCAAAAAUAGCAAUAUUGGAGGUAUUUACAUUGAAACAUCUCUUCCAACUAGUAGAUUUAAUUCCACAAAAUUUCUAAUUUCACCUUGAGUAAAUUUUAGGAUUGUGUUACAAGGGGAAAAGUAGUUAAGGCCGUGGUAUCACACAAGCCAAUAAAUUGCUCUCAGAAAAAAAACUGGCAAAUAUGAAUCAACUUGAUAUGAAAAUUAUACAAAACAAAGAAAAAUAAAAGGAUAUUUUUUAGAAAGAACUGCCCCUUUUAACCAAAGAAGGAGCGUUUAAUUCUUUUCUCCCGAGAAAUAAAUUGACUGAAUUUAAACUACGUGUAUUUGACGGAUCUUUCCAAGGAAAAUUUGAUGUUAAUUAUCGGGAACAAAAUUAAGAACUCAUUACUUAAAGAUUUUUGUAAAAAAAAGAAAAAAGUGGGGCCUGAUGCAUAACACUGUACAAUAUUCAAAAGUUCACAUAAGGUUGUAUAUAAAAUUUUGACUGAAGCUUUAAUAUGUCUUGUUAACAGAGGGCGCCCUAAACCAAUAGUGAUGGUACUGAAUUAAUAAGUGCAUUGAUAAAUAUAAAAGAAAAAUUAUCCUGAACAAGUAUGCAAGUAAACAUACUUUUUAUCCAUUUAUUAAAGCAAUUGCAUGAGGCAAUUGUAACUGGUUAAAAUUCAUUUUAUGCAAAUAAACUGUACACUUAAUUAUGCUUUUUAAUUUCACAAAUUGCUUUUGUAUCACCACCAACUAUGCACAUAAUGAUAAAAAAAACGUUCAUUAUAAUUUUUUUAAGAUAAUGAAAUUUCAUUUGCCAAAUACACUUGUACUAUCGAUUCCGUCCACUUAACAUGUUUACUUUUUAUUGAGGGGAAAAGUCUUAGGGUUGGGUAAUGGUUAAGGGAGAAACUUCCAAAAUAAAAGUUUGAAAUGUUUGGUUGGUUUGGUUAUAUCUAGAAGCCUUUACGCAUGACUUGUUAUGUUACCAAAGACUGUGUGCUCGUUUUAUUUUCCUCUGUGAAGUCGAGACAGAUUUUUGUGCUCCAGGCUGCAGCUAGCUUCGGUUGCUGUCGCAUAUUUGGUGUGUUUUGAAGUCAAAAGAAGGGACAAGUGUUUGGCGAAAAGUCCAAACCAGGGUAAUUAUUUCACAGACUUGCAGGCAGGAUGAUUUGUAAAUUUAUUUUGAGGAAUGUACAUAUUACUGAUUUCAAGUUUUAAAAAAAUUAUGUCAUUAAGUUAAUAAUUGAAUUGAAUCAUGACCAAAAUUCUGUGAAUGUAUGUACGCACUAUCAAUCUAAAAAUUUCAAAAUAUAUUUAAAUUUUCUGAAUCUCCUUUGUAUUAAAGUCCAGUAGAUGAUGAAUAAAAUCUGUUCAAUUCAGGAUAAAACUAGGAUAUAUAUUACAAUUGCAACAGGGUUAAACAAUAUACAAUUUUGUUUUGUGGUGCAUUAUUUCUUCCAAAGUAAAAAAUAAGUUGCAGUGUAAACAUUUUAUUUCCAGCACUUUUCUGCAGUGCUCUGGUUUUCAAAUAGUUGAAAUUGGUGCUGUUUUUGUUGCAUUUUUUAGAGUUUCGUGGUUUUACCAUUUUUCAUUUGUCGGGUUUUCCAAAACAACUUCAUAAAUAAUACUUCCUUUUUUUUUUAGAUAACUCUGAAAAUAUGGUUGCAAGUGUUGAAAAACCUUUCAUUCAACACGUUAUGUACGCACAGAUAAUAUAGUAAAAUGUCAAAGCAUGUGCAUGCACAAUUCACAGAAAGCAUGAAUAAAAAAUAGAAAAAAAAAAGAAAUUC